AUGAACGACGCGCUUUCGCCGCACGCGUCUCGGAGUUUCAUCGUCGCGUCAGGUCGCCGACUUCAGUGGUGUCGGCCGACCGCGCCACUCGUCGACGCGCGCGCGCACGCGAACGUCAUGGGCGGCGAAAAUGCCGUGACCGGCGAGGACGUCGGCCUCGUCGGCGGCCUCCUCGUCGUCGCGUCGCAGCUGAGGAAGUACGCCGCGGAUGGGCUCCGAACGAACGGUGCGCGCCUCGUCGUCGUUCCGUCCAUUCGUGUUCGGAAACCUAAAACCUCGCCGAGCGAUGCCUCGUCGGAUGGAUCUCCCGACGGUCGCCCUCCCAUCGCGCGUCGCGUCUGA